AUGGAAGAAGAAUAUUCAGAAAAGAUAAUUGGGAUAGUGAAAUCAUACCAAGAGGGUAUAACUUUAACUGAACUAUUAAAGAUAUUAGAAGUUGAUUAAAAUGCCAUUAAGCCAGAAUUAUAGAAUUUAUUAAAAGAAGGCUAUUUAACUUGCACUAAUGUAGGUAAUGAAUAAAUAGUAGAGUACCAUGAUCCUCAAGAUUAGAAAUAACUAAAUGUGGCAGCAAGCGAUCUACCUCAGCAAGAAUUUUAAGUUUAUAAGAUUAUUUUCCAAGCUAAAAAUAAAGGUAUCGAUAGAAAGGAUAUAGGCAAUAAAACUGGUAUUGCAACGGGAACUUUAACUAAAAUAUUGAAUUAACUUAAGAAAAAAAAUUGGAUUAAAUCAGUUAAAGGUGCAAAUAGUACAGGAAAGGGUAAAAAUAUAUUUAUUUUAAACAAUCUAGAACUGUCUGAAAGUAUUUCAGGUGGUAUUUGGUAUAAAGAUGGUGUCCUUAACAAAGAUUUAAUUGAUGAGUUAUGCUCAAAAAUAGAAAACCAUAUGAAUCAUAAUCCUAUAAUGACUGAAGAAUAAAUUAUUUAGUUAUUAAGAGUUAAUAGCUCAAUCAAUUUAGAAUAAAGACAUGUACUAUAAAUUAUUAAUUUAUUACUUUUCGAUGAUAAAAUUGAAAAAGUAAAAACAAUUACAACAUCAACCAAUUCAAGUACAGCUUAAAAAUAAGGAACCUCAUAAAUAUAGAAGUAUAGAUUAUCAAAUUGGAAUAAAUCUAAAGACCACAUUUCUACUAUCCCAGCUUUGACAAAAACUCCGUGCGGACAUUGUCCUUUAAUUAACGAAUGUGUUCCUGGAGGGAAAAUUUCACCAGAAAAUUGUAUUUAUUUUAAUGAUUGGUGA